GACACAGAAUCUUCUCAAGAGUCUACCCUUACAAUGUUGAGCGCUCCCUAGCAGUUUGGUGAAGUAUUGCAGGACCUAAGUUCCAAAGGUCAGCAGGUCAAUGCACGAGAGGACACUGCCGAGACGUCAGAACGGGAACAACACGGCGCUGGGCUCACCCUUUACCCGCUAAACAAACCCCAAGUUUCCCCCGAUCGAACCUUAACCCCACCGGGUGGUUGUACUGCUGCAUGGCGACUCUGGGCAUGUUGCUGGGCGCUACCAGACACCGAGUAGCAGGUAUCAGUAUCAGUCAGGUGCGAGCCACGUUCCAGCGAGGGAUGUCGGGGUACCAGUUCGAGUCGCUGGCGGUGACCAGGCCACGGGACCACGUGAUGCAGGUCGAGUUGAACCGACCCGAGAAGAGGAACGCCAUGAACAGGGCCUUCUGGAGGGAGAUGGUGGAGUGUUUCCAGGCCAUCACAGCUGAGCCUGACGUCAGAGCGGUGGUCGUGUCUGGGGCAGGGAAGAUCUUCACUGCAGGACUGGACAUGGGUGAUGUAAUGAGCUCGUUGUUUGUGGAGGGAGCGGACAUCGCCAGGAAGGCCAUCAGACUCACUCCUACCAUCAAGGCAUUCCAGGAUACCUUCAGUGUCAUUGAGAAGGGCCCAAAGCCAGUGAUAGCUGCAGUUCACAGUGCCUGUGUGGGGGGAGGGGUGGACCUAAUAUCUGCCUGUGACAUCAGACUGUGUACGCAGGACGCCUGGUUCCAGAUUAAGGAGGUUGACAUCGGGCUGGCUGCUGAUGUGGGAACCCUGCAGAGACUACCCAAAAUCAUCGGGAACGACAGCCUGGCACGAGAACUGGCCUUCACCAGCCGAAGGUUCGAGGCAGAGGAGGCAAAACAGAUGGGUCUAGUCAGUGGUAUCUACCCUGACCGUGCGGCCGUGUUGGAGGCAGCACUUGACCUUGCCAGCACCAUCGCCAGUAAGAGCCCCAUCGCCGUGCAGGGCACCAAAGUCAGCAUGGUGUACUCCCGGGACCACUCAGUACAGGAGGGGCUGGACCAUGUGGCCCUGUGGAACAGUACCAUGCUGCAGUCGGAGGAUGUGGUGGAGGCGGUGCAGGCCGGCAUGCAGAAGAGGAAACCGGAGUUCUCAAAACUAUGAUUCAAUAUCACCCAGUAAAACAGCGCUCUUAUACCUCAUACAAUUCACUUGUGUUGUAAGAUGUGUGGUAGUGGACAGCCAUGGUUUGUAGAAGCAGUUUUGAAGACCGAGUUCUGCAUACUAUGAGCUCUCCCACCAUAGAAUGUAAAGCUGCUUUCUAAUACAACUUAUUAUUCGAUUUUACUGUUAUAGCAAAAUUUGAAGUGGGGCUAUGAUGUUGAUAGAACUGACUGUCAAAAGUUUGAGAGGGUUAGUUUUGAAAGCUGAGUUUUGAGCUCUCUCACUGUGAAAUGUAACAGAGAUCUCGUAACACAAUUUUUUGGUCAUGAUAUCUGUAGUGGGA